AUGGAAGCGGAAGAAGAUAAGAAAGAUGAUAUUUUUACAGAAAUUGAUGAAGAAAUAAAAAACUUUGGAUCUAUUAAGAAGGAAAAAGGAAUUUUAGAUAUCGAUUCUUACCAAUUUAUCAAUGAUUUACUGAUGAAAUACACUGAAAUUAAAGAAUAUCAGGACAGAGCUGAACACCGAAAGACCAGACGAAGUCUUGCCGACAAUAAGGAAGCAUACAAGCAAGAAGUUGCUAGAUUUAUGGACGUAGAAAUGAAGGCUCAUGUAACUGUACUAGGCUAUAUCUGUAACAAAUCAGAUGUCUCUUCAAAGGAAUAUGCCUUGAGUCAGAUGGUACAAGAGCCUGAAUUAGCAAAACUUGACAAGAUAGAGCCCAAAGUGACUCCGUUCGAAAUCCCUUGUCCCAAAGUGUCAAAGGAGCAUGCUCAGAAAGCUUUGAAAGAAAUCGAGCGUCUUCGGAUGACAAAAGAACUUGAAACCAGCAUCCUAGUUAAUGACGAGCAUUCAUCAAAACUAAAGGACUUAAUGAAGCCCAAAGUUAUCGAAAUCCCCAACGAUGAGGAUGAAGGUGAAGAAUCUGAGGAAGAAGAGGAGUCUGAGAGUGAAGAAGAUGAGAACAAGCCUGCUAAAUCAGACUUUGAUAACUACUCUGUCUCCUUUGAUGGUAUGGUAGACAGGCUCAUCUCUGAUAAUCUCAUUCAGGAUAAAGUCUACGAGCAAUACAAGAUCGAAGAAGAAGAUGCUAUCCGAAUAUUAUCCCAAGCUGAAGAGGGAAAUUAG